CAAAUAAAUAUGGCGCUUGUCAACAAACAGCUGGUCGGACGCUUGCGAGUUAGAUCUGCAGGGCAUAAUCUUUAUCUUCUCGCUGUAAUCUGUGAACGUGACAGCCACGUCAGCAACUGCAAAAUUAUGAAACUUUAAUUGGUGAUCGCUCCUCGCUUGUCGAGUAAGCGGUCUGACUGGCUCGGCUCGUACCAGUAGAGUUCGAAGACGCAAUGCAGAUGUAUUUCUACUCUGUUGUUUGUUAGGGAAUUCCUGUUCAUAGUUGCUAAUCGCAUAAUUUUUAGACAUCUUCACAAGAUUGAAGUCAUGACCUACCAAGCCGUCAUUGUGGGUGCUGGUCCAGCAGGUAUUGCUGCGGCGUGUCGACUCUUGGCCAAAGGAGUUGACAAAAUUCUUCUUCUUGAAGCUGAAGAUAGAAUUGGUGGUCGAAUUCACACAGUCCCAUUUGGCGAUGGUGUUGUUGAUCUAGGUGCUCAGUUCUGUCAUGGAGAAAAGGGAAAUGUUGUCUAUGAGAUGGCUCACCCAUUGAAUCUCUUAGAAUCGUCCAAGACCCUCUAUACAAAUAUGGCUUUUGUUGACUCUGGUGGACAGUUUGUGGACAAGGGUGCAGCUGCAUGGCUUCUAGGGAUGUGUCUAGCCAUUACUGAUGAAGCGGGAAAGGACCUAAAAUCGUAUCCUCAUUCUCUUGGAGAUUACAUCACUUCAGAAUUUUACAAACGGAUUAAUGGAGAUGCAGCUCCUGAAAAUUUGCCCAAAUCCUUGUCAGACAAUUUCUUAGAAUGGUUUCACCGGUUUGAAAAUUCUAUUGACGGAUCAGAUUCCUGGUUUGAAACCUCAGGUUCUGGCCACACAGAGUAUGUUGAGUGUGAUGGAGAUCCAGUUUUGGUAUGGAAACAUGGAGGGUACAAAACCGUGCUGGAUCUUUUGAUGAAAAAAAUUCCUAAUGCUUCAUUAGGUUUACCGUUGGAGUCAAAGGUCAUGCUUAAAAAGGAGGUCCUAAAUGUCACCUGGGACCAUGUGAGAGAAGGAGGUCCUGUUGUGGUCGUCUGUAGAGAUGGUUCAGAGUACCAUGCUGACCGCGCUAUCAUAACUGUAUCACUUGGAGUACUUAAGGAACAAGCUCAUUCUCUUUUCUCUCCCCCUCUUCCCAAGAUAAAGCUGAAUGCUAUACAUGGUCUUUCAAUCGGUGCUGUAAACAAAAUUUUUCUGAAAUUUUCGGACAAUUGGUGGCCAGCAGAAACCCAUGGAUUCAGCUUAAUUUGGACACAGACAGACUCUGAUAAAUUCAGGGAAAAGUAUGGGAAUAAUAAGAAAAAGUCUUGGAUUAGAGAAGUAUUUGGCUUCUAUAAGGACCUGGGACAACCUGGAGUCUUGUGUGGUUGGAUUGUAGGACCUGAAGCCCGAACAAUGGAGAUGUGCUCUGAUGAGGAAGUAAUUGAGGGAUGUGAAGAGUUGCUGAAGAAAUUUGUUGGGAAUAAGUAUUCUGUGCCGAGGAUUGAGGCUGUUGCAAGAUCUUAUUGGUUCACCAACCCACACUUCCGUGGCUCAUAUAGUUUCCGUAGCAUGAAAACUGAGCAAAUGGGUGUAAAUGCAAAACAACUUGCGGAACCUGUGCAAAACAGUAAUCAGAAAUCAGUGCUGCACUUUGCUGGUGAGGCAACACAUGAAUACUUUUUCUCUACAGUUCAUGGAGCCAUUGAAACAGGCUGGAGGGAAGCUGAUCUUGUUUUGGAAAGUAUCAGUGGAAACAGGAAGUGCUCUUUAUAGCCGGUUUGGCUGGAGUAACAUUUCUACAUGGAGAAGAGGAAUAUGACUGAAAAAGUGGCCUGCAUCCAAGGUACUCCUGCAAGCUACGAUGUAAUGUUUCCAAUCUAAGAUUUGAAUCAAAGAGUACAUUGUAAAACGUGAUAUAUGUAUAUGUAUAAGUAGUAAACAAAUACAUGCUCCAAGCUUGUUGGUUUUGUAUGUA